GACGUCCGUACAGCGCAUCAUCCACGUAGCGUUUCGAGUACUCGCGCAAAAUAUUCCGUAGCGAUUCGUUGACAGGUCACUUCGUGCAACGUACUUGAGUAACGCAUAACAUUCUCAAUCGCUAUGGAUCAAAUCAAGAAGCUCACCGAGCCUGGUCGCCAGUUUGCUAAGGACAGUAUUCGACUUGUCAAAAGGUGCACCAAACCAGAUCGCAAAGAGUUCCAAAAGAUUGCUAUUGCCACUGCGAUUGGCUUCUGCAUAAUGGGCUUCAUAGGAUUCUUUGUUAAGUUAAUUCAUAUUCCAAUCAACAAUAUCAUUGUAGGUUCAUAAAUUACAUCCUGAGAUUCUUAUUACCUUUAAGAAGAUUAUUGUUAAGAUUCCAUAAGGCUACUUCCGUUGUUAUAUGUAUCUUUAUUCUUAUUAUUUAUAACAAAAAUGUUUACUCUGUACUGAGUUGAUUUGGCAAGUGAGAUAAAUGAGAGAGAUGUGUGCAUAAUAUUAAUGAAUUUUAUAAUAAAACAAUAAUGUAAAAUCA